AUGCUCUACUUUGGCAACCUAUUCUACUUCAUCGUCCUCCUCAUCAAUGCCGUCGCUAUUCUAUCCGAGGACCGAUUCCUCGCGCGGAUAAACUUCUCCCCAUCUUCAUACGACCCCGCCUUCGGAACCGGUACGGACGCGAGCGUCAAGGCAAAGGUCAUCACUCUCAUUGCCAGUACGAGGACGUUGAUGCGAAUGCCUCUCAUAUUCGUCAAUACUGUCAUCAUACUCUACGAGCUGGUCCUCGGUUAG